GGCCCGCCAGCAUUCGUGUCGCAGCAUCCAAGAGGCGCAAACAUGAAUCGUCUUCUGUACAUCGUGCCCCUUCUAUUCGCCGUCGUAUCGGCUCGCUUGGCGACGUCAUUCUGGUUCGAAGAGGGUUCGUCCCAAGUACAUGAUACCAGCCGAGACGAUGUUCUUGAACGCUUGACUAGAUCUGUGGACAAUGAUGUGCCGUCCGAGAGCUCCAAUAAAUAUCAUCUUCAUGAAACAUGUCGUGUAGCCCUCCAAAAUCAGAUCGACCGCGAACUUCACGCGUCGCUGGUUUACCAACAAAUGGCCGCUCACUUCGAGAACAAUAAGGUAGCCCGGAAGGGAUUUGCAAAGUUUUUCAUGGACAACUCAAACGAGGAGCGCGACCACGCUCAAAAGCUCAUCUCGUACAUUAACUCUCGCGGUGGAACAAUCGCCGCCUUCAGAGUCUCGAUGCCCAAAGACACCACCUGGGCUUCAGCCAGAGCGGCCCUCGAAUCCGCUCUUGAGCUCGAGAUCGAGGUGAACAACGCUCUACAUGAAGUGCACGGCAAAGCCGAACGAGACUGCACUGAUCCCCAGCUCCAGGACUUCCUUGAGGCGAACUUCUUGAAUGAACAGGUGGAAUCCAUCGACAACAUUCACCGUCUGCUCGCCACCCUCAAUGGGAUGGAUCAAGGCCUCGGCGAAUACCUGGUCAACAAGGAUCUCCAGUGAAAGAUUACGCAGCGAGCGUGUUCCUAAUAGUUUUUUCGAAAAUGAAAAGGAUGAUGUUUCCAUGAA